CAUUGGGGAAGAAGAUGUGUCGCCUGGCGACAUCCAAGUCCGGAAUCGCGUCGUGUAUCGUCAUCUGCGGCGUCUUUUUCACAUUUUACUGGAUCGAGGACUUCCAGAACCAGAAAUAUUUUCCCCCCGAAAUCAAAGAGUGCGGGUUUUACCCGGGGGAGCUGUGUGGAGCGCUGUUUGAAGGCAAACCAGCAGCUCUGGCGGUCGGGAAUAUUUGUCAAGCGUCUCUCCCGCCGUCCCGAGACCAAAGUCCCGCGCGUUUAAGCACCAAGUCCAACUGCUCCACGAUCACCAAGGAGUUAAAGUUCAUAACGCGGCCCCUGUCCGGAGAGGAGGAAGAUUACCCCUUGGCGUACAUACUGACCAUCCAUAAGCAGCUGGACAUGUCCGUGAAGCUCCUUAGAGCCGUUUAUGCUCCUCAAAACAUCUACUGCAUUCACGUCGACAAGAAAUCCUCCCGGGAUUUUAGCCGGGCGGUGCGGAAACUGGCCGGCUGCUUCCAAAACAUCAUCGUUCCAGCGAAGCAGGAGAGCGUGGUGUACGCGGGAAUCUCCCGCCUGCGGGCCGACAUUCACUGCAUGGAGGAGCUGCUGGCUGCGGACACCCCCUGGAGACACGUCAUCAAUCUGUGCGGCCAGGAUUUCCCCAUAAAAACCAACCGGGAAAUCAUACGGUACCUGAAAAGCAAAUGGAACGGAAGGAACCUAACUCCCGGGGUGCUUCAGCCGCCACACAUGAAGUACCGCACACGCGUGAGCUACAGGGAGUUCAUACACCAGGGGAGAGCUUACGUGUAUCCCAGCUCGGACUUGAAAAGCGCUCCCCCCCACAACAUGACGCUGUUCUUCGGGACGGCUUACUACGCCCUGACCCGACACUUUGUGGAAUUUGUGCUGUCGGACGAACGCGCCGCGGAUCUCCUCAGGUGGUCGGCGGACACGUACAGCCCCGACGAACAUUACUGGGUGACGCUCAACAGGUUGAAAGAUGCUCCGGGAUCCACCCCCAAUGCGCAGUGGGAAGGAAACAUCAGAGCCAUUAAAUGGAGGGACCAGGAGGGCCGGACUCACACCGGCUGCCAUGGACACUACGUUCGAGACAUCUGCGUGUACGGAUUAGGAGACCUGCAGUGGAUCACGGAGUCUCCACAUCUAUUUGCUAACAAGUUUGACCCGAGAGCGUACCCACUGGUGACCGACUGCUUGGAGAGACAUUUCCGGCUGAAGGUGCUGAGACAGUCCGAGGUGCCGAUAGAUCCCGACUGGUACCUGGAAGAGGACGACGUCAAACCGGCCAAAACCUGAUAACCGAGCCGGUUCCGGCCCCCGGAGGCCUUCAGACAAGCCGAGGCAAGAGGAUCGGGACAGGAGACGCGCAGGUCACAUAACGCAAACAUGGAGAGGUAUUCAGAGACAUCACCCGAUAUAUAUGAGAGCACGUUCCAUGCACGUGGAGAACUUUAGCAAUGGCGAUGCACUAUAACAAUUCCACCAUGUGCCGGGGAGACACAAUACAGAAUAAUUCAUACAGCGACAAGGGCCUGCGCGUGUCACCUUCUUCCCCUAAAAUUAAUGUUUAUUUCCGUGUUAUUAAAAUCCCCCCCAAGCUCCUAAUAGAUUGUAAGCUCCAAGGGUCAGGGCCCUCUCCGUGUGUAACCCCAUAAAUAAACAUAUUGUGUGAUAAUAACGAGUCCGUCAGAUCCCAGAGCUGCAGCGCCGCGAGGUAAAUUACACCGACCUGCUCCAGAAACGGCCCCCCAGAGCAGCGCAUGACCCCUGUGAAUAUAAAUAAAUAGUAACCAGCAGCUAAGCAACAGUCUCCGGGG